GUCUGUCUCUGUGUGUGUGUCUGUCUGUCUCUCUCUGUGUGUGUGUGUGUGUGUGUGUGUCAGUGCUGGUGAAGGGGCAGGUCACCACCAAGUAUUACCGGAUGCUUUCCAAACACGGCGGCUGGGUUUGGGUGCAGAGCUGCGCCACCAUCGUUCACAACAGCCGUUCUUCUCGGCCGCACUGCAUCGUCAGCGUCAACUAUGUCCUCACGGAUGUGGAAUAUAAAGAGAUGCAGUUCUCUCAGGACCAGAGCAGAUCCAGACCGUCUCUCUCCUAUAAGACCUCGAGCCUCGCAGCUCCUCAAGACUCACGCAAACAGCUGAAAGCCAAAGCAGCCAAAAUCAAAAGCAAAGCCAAAGCGUCUCCAUAUCAUCAGACCUCGCUGCAUGCUGAUAAACCAGAGAGUCCCUCGUGGAAGUCGGGUCCCUGCAGCCUGUCGUCCUGUCAGGAGCAGAGCCCCGGGUCUGAGUCCUACACACACACACAGGCCACCCCUCGCAUCCUGUCCUCGCUGCCGUCACGCAGAGAAGCUCCCUGGAGCUGCGCGGGAGCAAAUAAAGCUGCGGCACACCUGCAGACACCUGCAUCCUGCAGCGCAUACUCAGGUACCAACACACACACACACACACACACACACACAGAGGACCAGAGACACACUUCUAUGACUUCAGGGGCCUUUUGUUUGGUGCACGGUGGCUUCAGACCCGGCGGGGCGUUUAAAGAAGAGCCCUGUCAGAACCACAGCAGCAGAGGGCGAGAGGACGAGCGGGUCAGACGGCAUCAGGAUCUCCAGGGCUUCGGCCAGCAGCACAAACAGAGCAACAGGCUGUGUGCGACUAACACAGUGUACGAGGACCGGAACGCCAGACUCUCGGAGCAGAACCACACGCAGGAGAAGAGGCUGCUGGGGGCACAGAGCCCAUACAUCUCUCUCAACCUCCACCACGUCUGGGCCAAACACGUCCCACCAGGACCCUACGCUCACAGCCACCUAACGGACGGUUACCGGGGUGAGGAGGCGAACCCAUACCUGUACCGGACCCAGAGCCAGAGCCAGAGCCAUCGUGUUCCUCAUUACAUCAGCACGUCUGUCAUCAUCAGCAAUGAGAGGUGACCCGCUCAGAACCACUCGUUCUACGGCUUAUGCAAAACUACAGACCUUCUCUUCACACACACACACACACACACACACACACACAC